GAACUGUCGCCAUCUCUGCCCAUCUUCUCAAUUCCCCCUCAAGAUCGGAUCCCAAGGCCGAGAGGAAUAGACUUGAUGAGAGGAGUGGAAGUGCGAGUCUGGUUAUGUUGAUAUUAUGAAUGUUAUGCUGAAUUGAUUUCGUCGGGAGGAUGGAAUUUGUUAGGCGGAAACUGUAAAAAUAUCUGGGUUUGUCAACUAUACGGCAAAUAAUGGGUCGUGGAGUCAGCAGUGGAGGAGGGCAGAGUUCUUUGGGCUACCUGUUUGGGAGUGGUGAGGCUCCCAAACCUGCUGCUGAGCCAGCUACAAAGCCAGCUCCUCCACCACCAGUUGACAACAGCAAGCAGAUUCCAGCAGGGAUCCAAGGAACCCAAACAAACAACUACUUCCGAGCAGAUGGACAGAACAGUGGCAAUUUCAUUACGGAUCGACCUUCAACAAAGGUGCAUGCUGCCCCCGGCGGUGGUUCUUCCCUCGACUAUUUGUUUGGUGGGAAUGGCAAUUGAUGGUAUUCUUGCUGUUUAAAACAGCGAGAAUGUCAGAAUUGUCAUUGCCAUUCAGCAGCUGUUUCGAAUGGGCAAUAUUUGCAUAACUGUAGUUGGUAAAAACUCUUGCUAUGUAUUAUAUAGCUUAAUGUGGAAAAUGUUGUGGUGGAAAGUUUGCUUGACCAAGCGACUGGUUCUGAGAUAAGAAACAUGUAAUCAAUCACUGUGAACUGACUGUUGAAAGGUUAACUAAUGGAUGUUUCAUAUUUUGUGGACCCAUCAGAAAUCACCUGAGAGACUCAGCCAGCAGGUGGAUCAUCCAUUUACUUAAACCUGGUUUUCUUGAAUA